CUCCCCACAGCCAAACACGCUUUCGUUGUUUACUUUCAACUCGGACCGCAACUAACCACCGUAAAGUGAUAUUCCCCAUUUGUGUAUCGUCUUUUGGUACCAUUUUUCACCAUGUCCAGCUGGAAGAAAGCAGCCAAAUCGAACCAGAAAGUGCACCGUGAACGUGCACAACCGGCUGCCCGCCAGCAUCUUGGGCUGCUCGAGAAAAAGAAAGACUACAAGCUCCGGGCCCGGGAUCGGAAUGAGAAGGAAGCCACACUGAAGCUGCUCCGCAAGCGGGCGCUUAACAAGAACCCGGAUGAAUUCUACCACCACAUGAUCAACUCGAAGGUCGAGCAAGGCGAGCAUCAUGAGCUGGAACAGGGUGACGAUUUUACCAAGGAUCAGAUCAAACUUAUGCAAACCCAGGACCUGAAGUACGUUACCAUGAAGCGCACGAUGGAAGCGAACAAAAUAGGUCGCCUGCAAGGACAGCUGCACAUGACGGAUGUGGUAAACGAAACGCCCAACAAGCACAUCUUCUUCGUGGAGGACGAACAGGAGGCGAGAGAGUUCGAUCUUGCCAAGCGGCUCGACACUCAUCCACAGUUGAUCGGACGCCGCUCGAACCGACCGCGGUUAAGCGAUCUGGAAAAGCUCCAACUGGCCAGCGUCAGUGCGGAGGACAUUGAACGUAUCAACCGGGAACGCGGCGCUUCGUACAGUGAGCUGAUGCGGCGCAUUGACCGUGAGAAGGAGCUUACGGUGGUGCAGAAAACGCUCGAAAUCAAGCGUGUGUUGAAGCAGAAGCACGCGCUGAAACCGAAGCUGGUUGCCAAGGGAACGCCUCACCAGGCGCCGCAGUUCAAGUUCAAGUUUGAAAGAAAACGGUGAAUCGUGGAUUAAUGGCAUGCAAGCAUGUUUUCAAUAUUCUUUAUAUAAAACUUUCAUUCAUAAUGAGUGGGUGUGUAUGUGUUAUCGAUAGAAAAAAGUAAAAUAAAUGUAAAGUAUAUGUUAACAGAA